CUAUUAAACGAAAAAAAAAAAAGUCACCACACAAAGCAAAAGCAAAGAGAAAAAAAAAAAAACAGACAAUCAUCAGAAGAAGACCCUCUUCCUCUCAGCGAAUGGGUGGAAGAUGGAAAACCUUCUCACUGUUCUAUAAUCGCUUAACCGCUUCUUCAUCAUCAUCUUCGUCCUCUUCUUCCAAAUCCCACUUUCUCUCUUUCAACCGUUCUCUCUCUCUCGCCGCUGCACCUUUCGAAAUACCCGACCCGGAUCCAAUCGGGUUAAGUGCCCCGGACAUCGACCCCACCGUCAAAAUCCCCGUCAAAGCUUAUUUCCUCUCUACCAGUAUAAACUUGAAGGGCAUCCAGGCUGAUAAUCACAGAAACAUUGUUCCUCCCUCUUCUCGCUCAUCUUCUAACGGACCUGGAUUUCACGUGAAAGCAAGCAACUGUCAAUACAUGGUUGUAUAUCAGUAUGGGUCAGCUGUCUUGUUCAAUGUUGAGGAUCAUGAAGUGGAAGAUUAUCUANNAUUAGUUAAGAGGCAUGCAUCUGGUUUACUUAGAGAGAUGAGAAAAGAUGAUUAUGCAAUAAAGGAGAAGCCAUUGUUAGUUGAGGACAUGCAAGGAGGUCCAGACUACAUAGUUCUGAAAUCGUUGGAUACAGAUGGCAUCCGUAUAAUUGGAAGUGUACUGGGACAAAGCAUAGCUCUGGAUUAUUUUGUCUCGCAGGUUGAUGGUUUAGUUGAAGAGUUCGCAGGUAUAAACCGAGGAAUGGAGAAAACUGGAACCUUCACUAUGGAUAAGAAGAAACUACUUCAGCUUGUUGGAAAGGCUAACUCAAAUUUGGCCGAUGUGAUUCUUAAAGUUGGGCUCUUUGAGAGAUCCGAAAUUGCUUGGAGGGAUGCUAAGUAUGCUCAAAUAUAUGAGUAUCUUAGGGACGAGUAUGAAGUUGCACAACGCUUUGGAAACCUGGAUUUCAAAUUGAAAUUUGUAGAGCACAAUAUUCAUUUUCUUCAAGAAGUUCUGCAGAACAGAAAAUCAGAUUUCUUGGAAUGGUGCAUUAUUGGUUUAUUGACUAUUGAAAAUGUUCUAUCCUUGUAUGAGAUUCUUCGAGCUACAAAUACAGUUUCUUAGCAAAUAGUAAGAAGCUGAAGCUAGAUUAGUUUGUAGUAACAACAAUUCUUGCAAUUUUUUACCAAUGAAAAUUUUGGCCUUUGUAUUUAGCAAAUAAAUCCAAAUAUUCCAGACCCA